GCUCUUCUCAUGUUUGGAGCUUCGCAGCGAUGUACACGGCUGUUGAGAGGCUCAAAACGACGAACCCGACAUACCUUCGGCCGUCCGUCACCCGCCUUCCGAGCUCCGCGGCACACCGCCAACAUGCCCCAGCAGCCCGAAGCAAAAGAUCUCCAUGACCUGACCGAAGUCCCGGCCGGCUGGCCCCUGGCCACCGUCAUCGACGCCUUCACCGAGUUGGCUCGAUAUAGUGCAGGUCAAGCUGGUCCAGACCGAGCUCGCGAGGCGCUGAGCCAUCGGCUGGUGGAGCUCUGGGCCUCGCAGCCGGCGGAGGCGGAGGCCUGGCUCCAGCGCUGCCGGGAGCGCUUCGCGAAAGAGCUCGCAGGCCAGGAGACGAGGCCGGAGCAGCUCUGCGAGGCGCUGCUCCGGCACGGGGCGGCCGAGUGGGGGAAGUACUCCGGCUGGUGCGGCUGCCGCUUCUCCGAGGCCGGGCUCCUGCGAGGAGCGCCGUGGGGCUCAGCAGCGGAGCGGGAGCACCAGGCGGCUUGGCAGCUGCAGCGGCCCUACACCCGCGCUCGCUGCCGGGAGCUCGCGGAGCGGCUCGUGGAGGCGGAGAGCCAGGAGACGGCGCGGAAGCGGCAGAAGCUCGAGGAGGAGACCGCCAAGCGCCGGCGCCUCGAAGCGGAGCUCCACAAGUCGCAGGAGGAGGAGUGUCGAGAUCUGCGCGAUCGCCUGGCUGCGGUGGAGGCAGAGGUGUCCCGCAAGACCGCGGAGCUCCAAGCUGCGCAGAGCGAGAGCGUGAAGUGCAAGGAGCGGUGCGAAGAGCUCGCAGCUCGUGCUGCAGCUGCGGAGUCAGCCGUGGCGGAGAUGCAACAGGAGCUCGUGCAGCUGCAGGAGGAGCACAGCCGGUGCCAAGAGCGUUGUGAGGAGCUCGUGGCUCGGAUGGAGGCAGAAGCAGCUGAGCAUGCCAAAACCAAGGAGCGUGUCUCACAGGCCGAAUCCGAUGCUGCCGAAAGGAAGAUGGAAGCUUCCGAGCAUGCCAAGACCAAGGAGCUUCUCUCACAAGCCGAAGCCGAUGCUGCAGAAAGGAAGGUGGAGGUGGAGCGGCUGCAAGAGGAGGGUCGCGGCUACCAGGAGCGCUGCCAGCAGGCUGUAGCCGAGAGCAAGAUGGAGCUGCAGCUCGAGAAUGCAAGGCUCCAGGGGAGGUGCGAGCAGUUUCAGCAGCAACUUGCCAAGGUAGAGGGCCAGAUUGAGGUCUUGCGGGAAGAGAAGGCCACUUUCAAGGAGCGUUGCCGGCAGCUGGAGCGUGAGGCGACAUCGCCACGCAUCCCUUCUUCCAUCCGAGCCAGCCCCACCCAACAGGGCCCAACUCCCGGCGACGACGCAGCUUCCCCCUGCGGCCAGGAGUCGCAUCUGACCGAAGAGCUCGGGUACGUUCUGGUGGAAGAUGGCGUGGCCUCCUCCUCCGCCUUGAGCUGCUCCUCAUGGUUCUCGGUGAAGCCCGACUGCUUCAUGCCGGACGCCAUCUUCAAGACCCGCAGCGGUAGCAUUGAGCACUUCCUAAGGGGCCGCGAUCUCCAGAAGGGAUCGCAGGUGGUGGCCGGGGAUGGCGAGACCAUGGUGGAAGUCUGCGAGGUCCCGGUGCUGUGGCAGGCCAAAGGUUUCGUCCGUUUGCAGGCCGGGGCUGCGAUGCUGGAGGUCACGGCAGACCACCCGGUCCAGGUCCCACCAGCAGACGAUGCCAUGGAUGACAAAGACGGCACAGGCAGCGCCCGCUACGUCGAAGCAGGAAAGCUCAAGAAGGGUGAUUUGGUCAUGCUCGAUGCCGGCGAGCCCGCGGUCCUCACCAACGUGGUGUCAGAAUCGGGCGACUGCCAGGUGCUGAAGCUCGCUUUCAAGCCGAAUCUCUCCGUGGCGGUCUUCUCUUCACCACCCUGCAUCCUCAGCAAGGGCGCCAACAGCAAGCCAGAUCCCCGCCGCGGGAAGAAGUGCCGGAGCCGAGGUCAGCGAGCGAAGGUUGAGGAGAGCGCGGACGACGGAAGAGCCUCCAUGCCCAAGACGGCUGGAACAUCGACGGAGAUACUGCUCAGGGGCGCAGCAGGUGCGUCAUGA